AUGUCUUUAUCAAACAUAACGGCCAGACUAUCCGACAAGGCUUCAAUCCCGAAAUUUUCGAUACGCAUCCUUGUGCCCGAAUCUAUUCUGGACUCUCUUGGAUCAAAGCUAGCAAAGCAGGCUGACAACCCGGGGGAUAUUGAUGAUUUUCUCGAUUCACUUCCAGAACUAAGUCCUAGGCUGGAAAGGCUGCGCCUGCUAGGGAUUGACAAGGCGCAACGAGAGCGGAAUAUCAUUCUGGGAAUACUGAUUAGGUCUGUCGAGAAGUCAUUAGCAGCCAAACCGGACGAUAGUACCAGGAAAUGGAUGUUAGAGCUGGCUGGAUUCAACUACAGUAAGAAUCACAACGCAGAGUUCAUUGCCACUUUACUUCUAGAUCACGCCAUCGAACGGCCCUGGAUCAUAGAAACUCCAUUCAUGGACAAUGUUUCCCACAUACUGAGAACCCAAGACACCACAAAGCCGAAAUCUCUUUCUUCAGGCCUCUGCAUCUCUCACACUGACUGUUGUGAGCUUUUCACCCUCGUCCAGCGACAUGGCUUGGAAAGAUCCAACCAUUCAGGGCCAAUACCGAAGCCUCUCGGGUGGGCGACAGUAACGCUUCCCCACAUACCAGGAAAAUCGUGGAAUGAGAGUCUUGUGUUCGAAAUAGACUCUCAUCUCGGAAUUGCUGGUGUUAUCCCUCUUUCAGUGCGCCAAAUGCUUCCUGCAGUCCCUGGCGCGGGACAGAGCUUGAGUUCCAUGAACAUAACGGGCUUCAAGCAAACUUUUCUCCGGGAAUUUCAAGCCCAUGUCAAUUUCGAACCUCUGCCGGAUUCCUACAGGAGCUACAGGGCGCGAGUAUCAUUCCAAUCUGAGGAUGGGUCGAUUGGCCCAAUGGUAAAACGCAUCUCUCAAAUGAUUGACCAGUUAGAGAGCGCAAUAAAGCUGUGCCAAGCGAAUGGUAAAUGCCUUCUCGGCAUUCCCUUCCUUAUACGAGCAGAAUCGUCGUCAGAGAAUGAUGUAUUAUCAUUGGAAACACUUUCCAUUACAGACACUACGCUGUUUUUUCAAUCCUUCAAAAAAUUUGCAAAAGCGUUGCGGUGGCAAGAAACGCAACAGAUAGCAAACAAUAUAACAACUGCAAGUCGCCUGGUCCUGGGCGCCGAGGCCGCCUUGUCGCUGUUCGGUCUUUUGAUCCCAGGCGCUGUAGUUGUCGCAAGCGUCGCGGGUAUCGCCAGUGCUGCAAGUACGGUUACAGCUCUCAUGCGAGAUAGGAUCUCGGAACAUGACGAUGCUGUCAAAUAUAUAUCUCGGUCCCUGAAGGCCAUUUUUCGUGUAAUUGGGCUGGACUUUGUUGACAUGGAGGAAUCCGUGCCUGUGAUCCUGCACUACUGUUCCCUAGCUGUCCAGUACCUCAGCCUUGCUGUACAGUUUUCUGUGCGUGGAUUUGCGUCACCGAUGGAAUUCAGUUUUCUAGAAAACGAUGUAGGUGAGUUUAUCCUCGAAGGUGCAAACUCUGGCCCGAAAAUCUUCGUCACCCCGCAACCGUUGACCUGUCUCGGCGACAUGCUUGGACAAGAUGUGUGGGCUUUCGGAACAUAUGUGCCUAUUCAAUUGUCCAAGAUGGAUCUAGUGGCCUGCGUUGGUGACGUACUAUCUGUCUGGGGACCUGGACAAUUGGAGCUCGGUCCCGAAGGGUUACUAGAUGGUGAGGAUCCAAGCUCUUACUGCAUCAGCAAAGUAUUUAUCGGCGGAGGAACACUCCGACCACACUCAGCAUCUGGAUCUCUCCCAUCAUGGCACUGGGAAUUCGAUGAUAUUCAUGGCACUCCUCUCUCGUCAAAUGUGAUGUAUGAGGGCCCUGUUGGCCUCCGUACCAAGAUCAGGAUUGGUGUCUCUAAUGCCGUACCUCCCCCACAAGUCUCCCUCCAUCCUACCACCUCGUUACCUACAAUCACAUAUCCCUUGUCGUUUACUCCGAUUGGCGCUAGCCACGAGAAUGGCUUGUGUCCCCACUCCAACUGGCAAUUCGACAGACAAAGGAGAGGGAUUAUGAUGACACACCUUAAGGAUAUCGGCACCCACGAAGGGUACAACCACCUCGCCGGUCAUGAAAUGACCUUCCAAGCCGGCCAAUACUUCGCGCUCCACAGAAGUUUAAGGUGGGAAAGAAGGCAAGGUUCAGGCGUGAAAACCUCACUCCUAGAGGAAACACAGACUCUGUCUGACCUCAUUAGGAUGCUUGAUAAGAAUUGUGGCUUGUUCGUCAGUAGUUGUACAAGGGUGAUGGCUCGUGCAAGACUGCGAGAUGUAGUUGCUUUCGCUGGCCCACUGCUCUAUCCAGAGUUAUUUCCCAUCCUUGGAGGUCUCAGUUUACGAGAUUCAAGAAUGGAGCUCGCCCGCGCUCUACAGAGCAGAGAUAACUUGUUGGACUGGGCCGAGAGCCGACACGAUGACCAAGGCGAGAUCCUGACAAACUCGAUCACAUUCAAGCACCUUAUCUUGAGAGUUCUCGGAAGACUAAAAUCCACGGGGGUCAUGCCAACCAACGCUUUCGAGGUUGCUUGGUUGUCUCCCGGCCUACCACCUAAGGCGACACGAGCGUCCUGCGCAAGCAAUCCAUGGCUCUACCUAUUCAGGGAUGGGGAAUUUAUGGCAACUUUCGCCUGCGUCACGCCUGUGUGUCUUGUAACGCAGUUCCACACAUGCACUAGUCAGCCCGACGAACCUCCCCGGUGCAGCUUAUCCGUAGGGCUAUCAAAAUUCGCCUUAUCAACCCGUGUCCUACCUUACCAAGAUCUACCAAGCGAAACUACAGGGCUAUCACAAGGUACGCCGCACUACACAACGUUGAGAUGCGGCGAGAAAUACCUUCUCAACUUAGCAACCGCAGAGAUCACUGCGAAGGUGGAAGAGUUGAUUACCGACCGGGCGUACAGAAUCAAAGUGGAGGAGGAAAGAGUUAUCUCAAGACUUGUGAAGCGACUUGUCGCUAGGCGAGAGGUGCGAUUCAUACGAGAAUCCAAUGAAGAUCUGGCUUUUCCUUGUUUAAUCAGUGGCUGA